AUGAAGCUGUUCAAGUGGACGCCUUCAUUUCAUGUGGACCGGGAGCCGUCUGUGGUUCCGGUGUGGGUGUCUUUGCCCAAACUUCCCAUUCAUCUUUUCAAUCGAGAGUGCUUGUUUCAGAUUGUUGCUACGUUGGGCGUGCCGCUCUACGUUGAUGCUGCUACCGCAGCCUUAUCCCGUCCCAGCGUGGCUAGGGUUUGCGUAGAGGUUGAUCUCCUGAAGCCGUUAGUGUCCCGGGUUUGGAUUGGGAAUGGCGGACAGGAGGGGUUCUGGCAGAAUCUUGAUAUUGAGCAUCUACCGGCCUACUGUUCUGGGUGCUUUCGACAGGGGCAUAGCAAGGAUGACUGCGUGAUGCUUCAUCCGGAGUUGAAGGCCCAGGCUCGGCCCACUGGGGAGGCGCAGCCUCAGGGACGACGCAAGGGACGGCCGCCGGCUGCGGCUGUGGCGGGUGAGAAGGUAGCGGCGACGGGGGAAUUGGUUGCGCCUGCGCUUGUGGGCGAGAAGCACAGAGUGUCGGGGGUGGCUCUCGGGCCUGAUGCGGCCACUCACAAGGGGACUCCGUUAGACCUGGAUGAUGUAGUUGUGGAGGAGGCUUCGGAUGACGAACACCAGGAUGGGGUGGAGGAGGCAGCGGUCCCUUUGUCGCUGCUUGCUACCACAGGGCAGCAGGAGCCUGGUGCAGUGGUGGAGCAGCUGGUGGAAGACGCUAUUGCCUCGGCUGCGGAGGCGAUCUUUGAUGACCUUGCCGACAAGGUGGCUGCGGAGGCGGUUGAUGACGAGACCGCUUCGUCGGUGCGCAUGCAGCAGGAGCAGGUUGUAAUAUUAGAAUUGAAUCUUUCUCCACGCAAAACUGCUCCUCCCUUGGCGGCCAUGGAGGCGCUUAAACGCCGGCGUGGCGACUUGAAACAGAGACAGCCUGGGGUGGUCGCGGCCCCGCCAGGGGUCUGUGAACCCAAAAUGGAUGCUUCUCGUUUUGAUUGGAUUCGCCAGAGGUUGGGCUUUGAUGGUUGUUGUCCUACCAAUGAUGGCUGCCUUGUUGUUUUUCACUCUAGUGAAUUUUCUUGCUCUAUUGUGGGUCAAUCUUCUCAGUAUUUGGCCCUCCGCGUGACGCAUUCUCAGAUGAGUACUGUGGUGGUUGGGGUCUUUGUGCAUGCGGCCUGCUCAGUCAGUGAUCGCCGCGAGCUUUGGGCUGACUUACGUGCUUUGCAGGUGUUGGGUCUUCCUCUUCUCUUUCAUGGUGACUUUAAUGUAAUCUUGUAUGCGGAGGAGAAGAGAGGAGGUCGGCCUUUUCGCAGGGCUGAGUCGGAGGACUUCCAUGCUUUCAUUCAGGAUUUGGACUUCACAGAUGUGGGAUUCUCUGGGAACCAGUUUACGUGGUGUAAUAAUCGUCAGGGUAGGGCGCGGGUCUGGAAGCGGUUGGAUCGAGUCCUGGUUGAUCGCGGCUGGUUGGGUAGUGGUGUGGUGCCUUCGGUUCAUCACUUGGCGCGCACUGCUUCUGAUCAUUCUCCGUUGCUGGUUUCUUACUUGAUUUCAAGCUCGUCAUCCCCGAGGAGUUUCCGGUUCCAAGAUGUUUGGCUUCGGCAUGCUAGUUUUAAGGGCGUUGUUCAGGAGGCCUGGCUCUCUGGUAGCACUGGCCGACCGAUGCGACGCUUCUUGCAUAAGUUGAAGGCGGUUAAGGCAGCUUUGACUGUUUGGAACAAAAAUGUUUUCGGUAACGUGUUCGAUGCCGUAAAACAGGCCGAGGAGGAGGUUGCUCAGUUGGAGGCUGAGGCGGCGGCCCGACCAUCCCCGGAGGUGGACUUGCGGCUGGUGCAGGCUUCGUCGGUCUUGAAGGAAGCUUUGUUGUGUCAGGCCAUCUUCUGGCGACAGAAAUCGAGGUUACGUUGGCUGAAGGAGGGAGAUGCCAAUUCUAAGUUUUUUCACUCUUAUGUGCGUCAACGCAGGGUGAAGGUUCGUAUUCAUCGGCUUCAGACUUCCUCUAGUGCGUGGACUGAUGAUGUAGGUUCUAUUCAUGCGAUGGCGGAGACUUUCUUCUCUGACUUGUUUACCCAGGGGCCACUAGAUCAGGUGACGGGGGAUGAAUUGUCUCGAAUCCCGACAAUUUUGUCGGAGGAUGAUAAUCUGGAUUUGGAACGGCUUCCUACUGCUGAGAAGGUUCGAGGGGCGGUCUUCUCUUUGGAUAGGGACAGUUGCUCAGGCCCGGACGGGUUCCCAGGGUCCUUUUAUCAGGCUUGCUGGGAUAUUAUAGGAGCGGACCUCUCGGAUGCAGUCGCGGAUUCUUUGUUGGAGAUGAUUUCUAGGAUUGGGAGAAAGGUCCGGGGUUCUAAUGUGGUUCUGAAACUGGACAUGGCCAAGGCCUAUGACAGGGUAUCGUGGAUGUUUCUGCUAUCUGUUAUGCGGAAAUUCGGGUUUGGUGAGGUUUGGUUGGACAUGGUUUGGCGUUUGGUUUCCUCCUGUCAUUUUUCAGUGUUGAUCAAUGGUGGUCCGGUCGGGUUUUUCAGGUCCACUUGGGGUUUGCGGCAGGAUGAUCCGCUGUCUCCAGCGCUUUUCAUCAUUAUGGCGGAGUUCCUGUCCCGCGGUCUGGAGUCUCUUCCGCUCUCUAGUGGUUUCAUCCCUUAUUCGGUUCCUUCGGGAGGGUCCCCCCUGUGCAUCUGGGGUAUGCGGACGACGUUAUAG